AUGGGCCAGAUCCUGCUGCUGGAGAUCCCGAACUUCGGCAGCACCAUCCUGGAGUUCCUCAACGAGCAGCGGCUGCAGGGCAUGUACUGCGAUGUGACGGUGAUGGUCAAGGGCCAUGCCUUCAAAGCCCACCGGGCCGUGCUGGCCGCCAGCAGCUCCUACUUCCGCGACCGGUUCAAUAGCAGCCGGAGCGCUGUGGUGGAGCUGCCGGAGGCCGUGCAGCCCCAGUCCUUCCAGAAGAUCCUCACCUUCUGCUAUAUGGGCCGGCUGAGCAUGAACAUGGGCAACCAGUUCGUGAUCAUGUAUACGGCCGGCUUCCUGAAGAUCCAGGAGAUCGUGGAGAAAGCCAAAAACUCCUUCCUUAAGGUGAGCUCCCCCAGCUGUAACUCCCAGGGCCUGCAUGCUGAGAAGGCCCCCUUGUCCGAGCCCCAACCUUGUGUGCAGAAGUCAAGCUGGCCGGCCUGUGACAACCCGCUGGCCCUCGUGUGUCGUGUCAAGACAGAGCAUCAGGAGUUGGACUCUGUGCAGUGCAUGCCCAUGGCCAAGCGGCUGUGGGGCAGCAGCCAGAAGGAAGCUGAGGGUGACAGUGGUGGCAUUGGCAGCCGCAAGGUGAUCAAGUUGUCCAUGCUGGACCUGGCCACCAGCCAGCAGUCCCAGCAGGCCCCGGUGGUGGUGGCUGCGGCACAGCCCACCCGGGUGGCUGCAGGGGCCCGGGCUGGGCAACCGACUCGGGGCAGCCGCAGUGGAAGCGUGGCGGCAGCAGGGGGAGUGGUGAGUGGGCCCAGCACAUCAGAGUGGUCCAGCCCUGGCACCUCCAGUGCCAACACCAGCGAUAGCCCCAGCUCCUACCACAGCAAGGCGGAUGAGAAGGAGGAGGCGAGCGAGGAGGGCACAGACGAGCAGUACCCGCAGAUCUGCAACAUGCACACCAUGAGCAGCAUGGUGAAUGUUGGCCAGACAGCCGAGAAGGUGGAGGCCUUCCAUGAGCAUGUGGCCCCUAAGUCCGUGAAUCGCAUCUGGGUGCAGCAAGACCAGGAGUCUCUUCUGGCUGAGCUCGUCAAACAGAUUGGCAACCACUGCCACCCAAAGCUCUCCGAGGAGGGUGACCCCUUUGAGACGGAGCUGGUGACAGGAACCAACGUGUAUAUCACGAGGGUGCAGCUCAUGAACUGCCAUGUCAACGCAGGCACGGAGCACAGGAUCUUGCUGCGGCGCCUCCUGGGCACCUUCUUUGACCGGAUCACCCUGGCCAACAGCUGCAGCACCGGCAUCCGUCCUUCCAAUAACCUUAGCCGCAAACCAUUGGAUAGUGGCAUCCUCCACGCCGUCAAGUGCUACUGCCAGAACUUUACUCCCAGCUUCAGGGAGAGGGAGAUGAACACCAUCGCGGCCGACAUGUGCACCAACGCCCGCCGCGUUAUGCGUAAGAGAUGGAUCUCCAAGGUCAAGACGCUCAUGGCCGAGGGUGAUUCCUCCACCACCUCCUUCAGCUACACAGGUAAGACAGAGCCGGAUAUGAUGGGUGUGGAGCACGGCUUCGAGACGGCCAGCCACGACGGCGAGGCUGGCCCCUCAGCCAAUGAGGCCUUCCAGUAA